AUGAUUUUCGAAAGUUGUGAUCCAUUUCGAAUAGCACUGUACCACAUUAUUGGCGAAGUUCCUUGGUACCAUCUUGUGCUGGAAAUCUUCCUCCUAGUAUGGAUUGUCGGAUUAUUGUUCCGAAAAAGCUACCGACCUUCAGAUGUUGCUGAACUGACCGAAAAAGAGAAAGAAGAGCUUAUCGCUGAAUGGUGUCCAGAGCCUCUGGUGCCCGACGUGGAUACGCAAAAUCCGAAGCUUCACCCAUUUUACAUUGAAGGGAAAGUCGGAAAAUUUGUCACCAUAAACGGCCAGCAGUACCUCAACUUUGCAUCGUUAAAUUUUUUAGGCUUUAUCGGAAAUCAGAAAAUUGAGGAUCGGGCGAUUCAGGCGCUUCAUAAAUAUGGCGUCGGUUCGUGUGGUCCUCGCGGUUUCUAUGGCACAAUGGAUGUUCAUCUUGAACUCGAGAAAAGAAUCGCACAGUUCCUGAAUUGCGAGGAGUCCGUGUUGUAUAGCUAUGGGUUUCCGACAAUCGCUAGCGUCAUCCCGGCGUAUGCGAAGCGCGGUGACGUAAUCUUUUGUGACAAAGGCGUCAACUUCGCGAUUCUGAAAGGUCUUCAGGCGUCUCGUAGUCGCGUCGAGUUCUUCGAGCACAACGACAUGCGGGACCUUGAGCGACUGCUGGAAUUACAAGCGGAAAAAGACCGGCAGAACCCGAAGAAAGCCAAAGUCACUCGAAGGUUUUUGGUCGUCGAAGGCAUCUACGUGAAUUACGGCACGAUGUGUCCGUUACCCCGGUUGAUCGAAAUGAAGUGGAAGUAUAAGCUGCGACUGUUUAUCGAUGAAAGCGUUUCUUUUGGGGUCGUCGGUGCUCGCGGUCGAGGUGUCACAGACUACUUUGGAGUUAAUGUAAGUGCCACAAUAGUCUUAAAAAGUUUACUUUGUGACCAUAUAGUAGGAAGCAGUGGCUAGUC